AUGUGGUGCAUUUCUGACUUCGAAAUCGGCAAGCCACUUGGCAAAGGGAGGUUUGGUGCUGUGUACUUGGCCCGGAGCAAAGAGACUCACUUCAUCUUGGCCUUAAAAGUUAUAUUCAAGUCUGCCAUGGAGAAGGCACAGCUAGAACACCAACUCCGAAGAGAAAUAGAAAUCCUGUGUCACCUCAGGCAUCCAAAUAUCCUAAGGAUGUAUAAUUACUUUCACGACCAGACACGGAUCUUCCUGAUGCUGGAAUAUGCUCCAAGAGGGGAGCUGUACAAAGAGUUACAGAAAAAGAAAUACUUUGAUGACACUAGAACUGCAACGUAUAUGGAAGAAAUAUCCGAAGCUCUGAUAUACUGUCACGCUCAGAAAGUAAUCCAUAGAGACAUUAAGCCGGAAAACCUUCUGUUAGGUUUAAGAGGGGAGCUGAAGCUGGCAGACUUUGGCUGGUCGGUGCAUGCUCCAUCGCUAAGGAGGACCACGUUGUGUGGCACUACAGACUACCUUGCUCCAGAAAUGAUAGCAGGGAGUCCCCAUGAUGAAAACGUUGACGUGUGGUGUGUGGGUGUGCUUUGUUACGAGUGUCUCGCAGGUUAUGCUCCAUUUGAAGCAGCCACUCGGUUAGAGACAUUCAGAAAAAUAAGAGAGGUUAAUAUGACAUUUCCUUCUUGGAUGUCUGAUGGCGCCAGGGACCUGAUUUCCAAAAUACUUAAUCGUACACCUUCUCUGCGACUACCUCUGAAAGCAAUCAUAGAACAUCCCUGGAUCUUGAACCAUUCCUCUUCGGAUCUAUCUAUGCGCCGCAGUCCUAUGUAA